AUGACGGAAUUUCUGCCCCUCUGUGAUGUGCUGUUUAAUGUGAUCUCGCUAGCCGGUUACUUUUGUGACGUCGUGUUUGAUGUGGUGUUGGGCUACGCGCUGUACGAGCGUCAAAAGUUCGCCUACUUUGCCGCGGUCAUUGUGAUCGUGACGUUUUCGCUCGUAAUUUCUCAGAUCGUGUCCAUUCGGUGGUAUUUGAAUAAGCGAAAAAUCCGCAAUGCUACAACAUCGACCACCGGUCCGCCUAGUUCACAGGACGCAGAAACGGGUGCUAACCCACCGGGCAGUACCAGCGGCAGUCUGGAGAAAAAGAAGAAAAAACCAAACAGUCUCAGCGCGGCCAACGGACCGGGUGUCGGCGGCAGGACGGAAGACACCGAUGGCAGACCCGGGACGGGUUCGCGCACGUCCGAGUACAGCCGCUAUAUUGUGCUUGCGUUGCACGUCACCCAGCUCGGUGUGCUGUGGCGAUACGCGAAACUGUUCGUACCGGUUGAUCUGCGCCACGUCAAGCAUGAGGUACGCGAUCUCUGCAUGUUGCGGCUGGUGCACGCUUUUUGCGAGGCGGCUCCCAUGCUGCUGCUUCAGCUGUACGUGCUCGUGACGCUGCAGAGCGAAGCGCAACUGGCGGCAACAUUGAAGCUGAAAACACUCGGCCACCAUCAUCAUCUGCCGGUCAGCACGGCGCUCGUCCAGCAGACCAAUUUGGUCGAACAGCAGCAGAAAACUUUUCGCGAUCUUAACAUGGUCUCGGCGACGCUGUCAUUGUUUAGCGUUUGCUGGGCGCUGGCCAGCUUCAGCAAGAACGUUCGUCUGCAGAAUGUGCACCGGCUCGUGCUGACCUGGCUGGGGGUGAUCUUUCAGUUUCUGUGGCGACUGGGGACGGUAAUAUCGCGUGUCAUCUCACUCACAGUUUAUGCAUCCGUGUACAGCCAUUGGGUGUUUUUGGUGAUAAUACUGCAUUGGUUUUCAAUGUUUCUGUGGUUAAUUUCACCGAAAAAUGUGUUCCACGGUGAACGGAUCUCGCGGCUAAAGAAGACAACGCUCGGAGGAUUGAUCGCGUUCGUGUACAUCUUCGCCUACAUCAAUCUGCAAGAAGUGAGGCAUCGGCAAAAAAUGCUUACAUUUUACGUGGUCAUGUUUGCGGAGAACUGUCUGCUCGUAUGCCUGUGGAUGGUUGGUGUGUGGCCGAAUCGGCCCGAGGGAUGGUACCUAGUGCCGCUGUCGGUUUUGUGUAGCUUUGCCGCCGGACUCUUCUUUAUGGUUGUUUACUAUCGCUACUUUCACGUGAGGCGUCUCGGCUACGAAGCGGGUGGACGCGUUUCGGAGAAAUGUACCGGUCACUGUGGAACCGAUGGUUGUCGCUGUCUGGCCGGCCAUGAGAAUGGGCUCGAUGGGAUGGGCAAUGCUGGUGGAGGUGGUUGCAAGGGAGUUGGAGGCCUUCACGGAGGACUGAGCGGUGGUGGCAUGAAUGGUGGCGGUGGGCAAAAGUAUCCACAUGCCAUACCGGGUGUGUUUAACUGCCGCUUCUCGAACCCGGUAAAUGCGGCCACGAAGAGGAAAAAGAAAAAACCAACAACAUUUGUGCCACCACCGAACCUGGCAAUUGCUUCGCAAAACUCGACCGGUAACGGCGUAAACGAUCAUCAGAAUGUAUCGAACCAAUUUCUACACCAUCAGGCACAUCAACAACCACAGCAGCAUCCUGUGCAACAACAGUUGCAACAGCAGCACCACCAACAAAAGUAUCUACAGCAACAACCAUUGCUAUCCCAUCAACAACAACAGCAACAACAGCAGGCACAACAGCAACAGCUCCUGCAGCAACAGCAACAACAGCAGCAGCAACAACAACAGCAACAAUAUAUGGGCCCAAUGGCGAUACCGUUCUGGAGACGGCCGCUACCCCGUUCACAUACCGGCGGCUCGAGUGAGAAUGAGGGUAGUAGCGUUGGGUCACGUGUUAAUAUCCAGCAAAAGUUGCAGGAGAAGAAACAGAAACAGCUAGCCGAGCUGAAGAUCAUCGAGGAGGAGAUCAAGCAGGGUAAGCUGGGUGGUCCCGGCGGUACCGGUACGCUCAGUUCCGGCGACGAUGGCAAAACAACGCUUCCGAGGCAACCGAUACCACGCGCCAAGAAGCACAUUGAUCUCGAUCCGAUCGAGUGGCGUACGUCUAGCCCGGACAUGGCGGAAAUCGUGGCGAACAAGUCGUUCAACGAUUUGAACCUACUGCUAGCGGCUAAUCUGGACGAUGUGAACAGUUUGAACAAGUUUAACAGCAACUACGAUCCGAUCUACAACAGUUUCGGACUGAACGGGAUCAAUAUAUCCGCGUUGGUUAACCUGAAAGGUGCUGCCGCUGGUGGCACGGGUGGUGGAUUGGUUGAUACCGGUGGACAACCAUCAUCGGUACCGGUGGGACCGGUGGUAGGUCCCGGGAAUAGAAACAUGUCACCCAUCUCGUCACAAAUCUCGGCCACCGAAAGUAACUCGCUAACUCGCCAGGUAAUGCCCCGCUCGAAGAUUCUGCCCAACAACAUCCCGCGCAAUCCAUUCGCAGAGAACUAUCGGGGUAAUUUCGUGAAUCUGUAUGCAGACGCCGCAGCCAGCACACCGGCUGGGUUGAUAAAUGGUGCUACGAGUGGAAAUGGUGGUGGGUCGGGUGUGCGGGCACCCUCGAUAAGUCCGCGCACGACGGAGAUUGCUCAAUCGAACCGGGCCAUCCUGUACGAUGCGCACGGACGACUGUACACCGAUGCGAAUCACCCCCGGCAAGUGUCCGGCACGUACAGUAGCACCGAAAAUGCUGGGGCAGAAAAUCUCCCCUUCCCGUACAACGUCGUACCGCCACCGAGAAGCAAGCUGGACAGCCGGGGCACACCAACCACACCGGUUCAAUCGGGAUCCGCUAGCGGAAGUGCGAACAAUACGAACAGUAGCAACAAAUCGGGACGAACCACGACGACCGCAACGAUGGCAGCCAUAGUGGCGAGUGUGGGUGGCGCGGGAGGAACUGCAGGCGGUACCGUUGGGGUUGGUAGCAGCGGGACAUCGGGUGUGAUCAACAAUCUUAACAACACCAAGCGUCAGAAUAUGCAACGUGCCAAAACGCCGGAAAUACUGCUCGCUCCACACUAUCUAGAGAACUCGCGGAUUUACUUCGAUUGGGUGGCGCGAGAGGCGGCCAACUUCAGAUUACAAGAAACGGAACGCGAUCAACCGAUGGAGAGCAGUGGUGAUGAGAAUUUGGAUAACUCUGGAUGUGACGAUGGACAUAAUGGACAUCACCGGAUACCUUCGGACAUUGAUAGUCAGGUCUCAUUACCCCGUUCGUACACAUUGCCACGCGAGUUUAAGUACUAUCGACGAAACAAGGGUCGUAAGGUGAAAAAUGAGCACUUUAUCGCCAGCACCAACAGCAGCGAUGGUGAUGUGGACAGUGGAGAUGAUAAUGAGUCGGAGCGACUGUCCAACCUGUCGUCAAGCUCGCAGCGACGAGUGAAGAACGCAACACCUUGCACAAACCUCACCAACGGACAUCAUGGAUCAGUGUUGCAGCAACAGCAGCAACAGCAGCAUCUCCUUCAACAACCACUCCCUCGCCAGAGGAUGAACAAUCUAAAUAAAAGUGUUGCUCAAACCCAGCCACCAAUCGGUGCUGCGAUGGCACUGAUGUAUGCAGGUGGUUCUGGUGGAUCUCCAAGCGGUACGCUGCUGCUUGCGAAUGGACAAACGAUACCACCAGUGAACAGUGUCCGGCAAACAUUAAAUGCGACACCUCAAAAUCUCCACCCACAGCUUCCCCAUCCAGCUGUUCCGCUCACGAACGGUUACAACCUAUCGGGCGGUGGUGAUCGAAGCAGUCCGGCAAUGCCGGCACUACUUUCAGGCAGUGACGGCAGUAAUUCGGUAGGAUUGACCGGCAAACCAGGAGCGGUACACAGUUUCGAUCUGAUUAGUGGUGUGGAAGCGGUAGGCGCUGGUUUGCCACCGUAUCACCCUGGAGCGGCUGGAAAUGGAGGAGUCGCACGACCGACCCGUUUCCGGAUGUACGGCACCAAGAAUGGUAUGGUACGCCACGAAACCAAGCUCUAG